UUACUGGUCAGAUCAGUUUGAUUUUCUCUUCACUAUAUAUUUGAAUUUUCAAAAAUAAAAUUUCUGAAAUACCGAGAAUAUGAACAACCGGUUCGCCCAAUUGGAUCUGGAGGCGCUCUAUGGAAUUCCCCUAAUGUGUCCAGUGGCCAAGUGCCAGUCGCAAAUGUCGCCACUCGAGAUGCUAACCCAUUUGUUGAUGCGGCACAAUCCGCAGGACUCGAUGACCGAGAUUGGAGCUGAUGUAGAAAAGCAGUAUGAAGUGGAACUGGACAAACUAACGCCGGGUCGUAACCAUUCCGUGGGUGUUAUAGCCUACGGUGGAAACCCAAAACCAGGUCUCAGCUGUGCAGUCACUCCGGAUCUGCAGAUUGUCCAUAAUCUGCCCAUCAUUAUCAUGUUGUAUGUGAGUCCACCGGUGCUGAACAUGGAACAGGUUUAUAUAUUCUACCUGGUGAGUCCGGUGGCCUCUAGGCUAGUGAGUGCCCAUUUAACGCUCCUGGAUGGAUGCCAUGCUAAUGAGACUUUCGGGUUGCGUUGCCUCCGUAACUCUCUGGACAGUCCUUUAAAGGAUAGCCAGGAUCUACUGUACUGUAACAUGGACUAUCUCCUUUACACUGCCACCGAUAUCCGUGGGCUGUGCCCGUUGGGAAUGCAGGGAAAGAUCUUCGUAAAGAUCGUACUCCACGGUGAUCCCGACAUCUUCGAAGUCCACACCCAGCAAAAGGUCUCGGACUAAGUGACUCAUUUAGUUCGAUAAACACUUAAGUGCUGCCCUCCACCAAUUGACGCACACUUGGCAUUCGAGUGGCUGUCAAUAAUAUUCCUUCCUCAAAGAACUGUCAGAAAGAUUGGUUUGGCCCAUUCAUUCAAUAUUUCUGUUUUGGCUGGCAAGAAACUGGGUCAGACAGAGAUAUUCAGUGUUGUGCAGACAUCAAUCAUGAGGGCCAUCUAAUUAGUUACCCACAGGCCUCUUAUUGUGGGAAAUUCUAGUAUCAUUUCUUCUGACCGUGAAGAAUGGGAUUUUUAAUUAUGUGUUAAACGUGGCUGAGCUCUUUUCGAAACUUAUUUUUGCUCUCUCUCUCUGGUAGUCUUUCACUUUCAUUUUAGUGGCACACACAUUUUGUCACCAUUAUUAUAAUUUAAUUCUAGUUAUUUUUCUCUCUGCUUUCUCAAGUCUAGUGUAUUUUUGUAUUAAUUUAAAUCAAAACAAAAUGUCUCAAUGCUUAUUGCUAAGACCUUCGAAGUUUAUUUAAUUUGUUGAGCUAAAACAUACAUUUUAACAUCACAUCCUCACAAAGCUGGUUAUAAAAUAAACUUAAUAAAAAUAUUAAAAGAAUCUUUUAUUUACAGCUGGAAGGGACCAAGCAUUACCAAGUGCCAAAAUCAACGCCUGUGGGUCUAGCUCUCAA